UUGACCGCGGCCAGUGCGUCUCUGGUUUCUCGGAGCUGUGCGGAGCGCACGGAGCUCAGCAUGGACUACUGACACAACUUUGAAAUUCAGGAGGAAAGUUGAGUUUUUAUCCUGAGGAAAUCGGCAAGAAAAUAUGGAGGAUUCGGCAUCAAUUUCUACUGGUGUCAACACCCCAGGGUCAUGCCCUGCCAUGGAUGGACCUUCUCCUCCCUCCCCCAUACAGACUCCUCCUUCAGUGAUCUCCAGUGACCUCUCUGCUGCUCCCUCUCACCCUGCCAAACCUCCAUCCUCAACAGAGACCGCUGCACAACCUAGAAAAUUAUCUUAUUCCUCUCAAACAUCCGGUCAAGUCACGUCUAAACCGAUGGAUUCUGUGAAGGGGUCAAAGCCCUUAACUCCUGCUGUGCCCUCUAAACCCGCAUCUAAACCUAUUCCCACUAAACCGUCCUCGCCUCCUCCCAGCAAAACACCACUUGUUAUGUCUUCUAACCUCUCUACCCCUGAAACCCCUAAAAUGUCAUCCUUUUCUAAGCUCACAUCUGCCUCCUUUACAUCACCGAGCUUGACCUGUAACACUCCAACAGAUUCCCCUACUCCUCCUCCCUCUAUUACUGCUUCCACUGUAGCUCCUGCAAUUACUAUAUCCGCCCCCGCGAAACGUACCUUUGCAUCCAUGGCCAAAAGGGUUAUUAUACAGGAGAGACUCAGGAAAGCACAGGAGGACGCCAAUGAAGAAGAGGAUGAUGAAGAACCAGAAGAAGAUUUGUCCAUGGAGCAGCUGGAGGAGAAGGCCAAAGCUGGUGAUGCCAGAGCUCAGACCCGGCUGGGUCAGCAUUACUUGCUUCUUGCUGAAGAGAAGGACGCAGAGCUAAAUAAUGGUGUUGCUGUUGACUGGCUGAUUAAAGCAGCUAAACAGGGAAGAAAAGGUGCAGCGAGAGCAUUGCAGCGCUGUUGGAUCCAGAAAAAAGGAAUCACCCCAGAGAAUGAGGCCGAUGUGCGCAGGUUGUCAACAGAAAGUAAAUUUGAGCUGGCAGUGCGUAAAGCAGCCAUGAUGAUGUACUGGAAACUCAACCCAGACAGGAAGACGAAGGUGGCUGUGGCUGAGAUGCUAGAAAAUGUCAGCCAGGUCAAUGCAGUGCCAGUAGGUGGCACUGCAAACAGGAUUCCUGCCCCAACCUCAGGCCAGACCCAGAAAGUACUGGAGAGCAUGGUUAAGAAUGAGGCCACACAGUUGGUGGACUUGGAUGACUUUGUUGAGAUGACUAAAAAGUAUGCACAAGGUAUUUCGCCCCAGAGUGGCAGCCAGGUCACAGCCAAGACUGAAAGCCUUACACCUAACAACCGCAUUCGGGAGCACAAGGCUGAGCUGGUACCACCAGGAUACAAGAAGGUCUAUAGACGUUCAUGGAGUUUUGCCAGAAGUGGGAUGAUGCUGGGAGACACAAGGGAGAAUGGGGCCAUGAAAAAAGCCAUGGACAUGAAAUCACGCUUAAUGAUACUGCAGUACCCGCUGCAUGCCAUUAUUGAGAUGAAGGAGCACCUGGUCGACUGGGCGUCGCGGGCUGGAGUCCAGUGGCUGAGCACAGUCAUCCCCACGCAACACGUUAAUGCACUUAUUUUCUUCUUCAUUAUCAGCAACCUGACUGUUGACUUGUUUGCUUUUGUCAUCCCCUUGCUCGUCUUCUACCUCUCUUUCAUCUCCAUGAUCAUCUGCACACUGCGUAUUUUACAGAGCAGCAAGGCUUGGGAGAACUUCAGCGCCCUGACAUCUCUGCUGACACGCUUCGAGCCAGGCCUGGAUGUGGAGCAGGCAGAGACCAACUUUGGCUGGAACAACCUAGAACCAUACCUCUAUUUUAUUCUUUCUGUUUUCUUUGUUAUUUUCUCCUUCCCUGUAGCUGACAAGGGUUGGAUCCCCUGUUCUGAGCUCUCCACUGUGGCCAUCCUCUUCACUGCUGUCAGCUACAAGAGCCUCAGCCCCACUGCUGCCACAUACGCACACCGAGCAAUGGCCAUAGAGGUUGCAUCGUCUCUGUGUGGCCUGACCCAGUUUCUGCCAGAGAACAUGACAGUACUGCGUUGCCUGGGGCGCACCUUCGCCACACUGCCACUGGGGGAGUCAGUGGUGCUGAAGCUUAGUCUCCCCUGCCUGCUCUAUGUCUAUCUGUUCUAUCUGUUCUUCAGCAUGGCCAGGAUGCGUGGUUUUAGAGGGACUUACUGCUUCCUGGUUCCAUACCUUGUGUGCUUCAUGUGGUGUGAGUUCUCUGUGGUGCUCCUUCAGAGUUCCUCUGUUGUGGGUCUAAUGCGCACCUGUGUAGCCUACUUCCUCUUCCUAUUUGCCCUGCCUGUCCUGGCUUUUGGCCUCGCCGCCAUGGUCUUGAUACAGGUCUUAAAGUGGUUCCUUGAGCUGGAAUUGACAAAGGUGAUUGUGACUCUGGUAGUUUGCGCGAUCCCUGUCACCCUGCGGCUGUGGACGCGCUUCAGCACGUCUAUUCUGGAUGUCUUCAGCUCACUUACUCACCGUGGCCCGGUCAAACUCAUCUUACUCUGUAUCUCCAUGGUGAUCCUAUUCUUCUCUAUCUAUGUGUACCAUGCAGAGGGACAGAAGGUGUACAAUUCCACCUUGACUUGGAGACAGUACAGCCAGGCAUGCGGGCCCCCUGCUUGGGAAACCAAAGGCAUGGCCCAGACACAGCUCUUUUGUAGUCAUCUUAAUGGACACAGAGUCACAUGGGUUGGACGUUUCAAACACGUCCGCGUGGUCGAGACAGACAACGGGGCACAGUCGGUUAUCAGCAUGUUGCCAGUGUUCAUGGGAGACUGGCUGCGCUGCCUGUAUGGAGAGAAGUAUCCCAAAUGUGAGCCAAAGAAUGCUACAGUUGCAAACCUGACAGCUGCCAAUUUGGCAGCCGGUUCUGAGUCAGCUACCAUUUCACUACCCUUAUUGCUCCGAAUGCAAGAAGAGGAGGAGAUGUGUCAGAUAAAGGCUCUGGCAAAACAUACCUGCCAUGUCAAGCGCUUUGACAGUCACCGCUUUGAGGUGACAGUGGGGAUGCUCCGGGAUGGUAGUAUGGAGACAGAGGACCCAGCCAGGGAUAUAAUCCUAAUGGCCAGCCAUGAGUUCAGGCAAGUUUUGCUAAACCUAAAUCCUGGAGAUAUGGUGGAGUUUAGCACCAAGCUGGAGGGCCGUCUAGGAUCCAAAGCUCCAGCCUUUGAGUUAAAGGCGAUCCACUGUCUGGAUUGUGUUUCGUCCCUGCUGACCGGGGGCAGACAGGUGAAGAUAGAGAGAGACUGGAGACGCACCACAAUGAGAGCCCUGAAGUUUGCGUUUGAUUUUUUCUUCUCUCCCUUUCUAUCGGCAAAAAUCCCUGCCUGACAAUGUGUCCUAACUAAAUGCAACCCAAGUGAGCGUCAGUGACUAAAUCAGUUUGAUUGCAUUGUUUUUUAUUGGAAUGUCCUAACUGUCUGUGAGUGACGCAGCGUUAUGCAGCAUGCCAUUUCUAUUUUAUUCCUACUGCUCACAUUUGAAGUGGCAUGAUGGACGAGGAACGGUUGAUUCACAGGGGUAAAAUGAGGAGUUAUCUGUACGAUACUUUCUCAGAUGCCAACCUUCUUAGUUUGGCAUCUGACUAGAGGGAGAUUGGCAGGUAGCUAACCAUUUCUGUUUAGCUUUGUUGUGUGGGAUUCUCAGCAGGGCUUGCUAGCUAGCUAGCUUGUUUUACAAAGUGGAAAUGGUGGUAUGAUAUAGUAUGGUAGCAACAACAAUAAAGUAAAUACUCACCCAUCUUUUCAGUAGUUACAUCUCCAGUCUGAUGUCUCUGAGCACACAGAUGAUAGGAGUGUAAUUUGUUUACACAACAUAACAGAGAUCCAGUGAGGACAGAGAGCAUCUGAUGCAAUGUGAUGCGGUGUGAUAGACUGACACUCACUUGCUGUUAGGACACAGUAGAAGAAAGACAGUAAAACUGAAGUAAUAAUGACUCACUUGAAUAUCUUCAGGAAGCCAUGCUGUUUCUUUCUUGUGUGAUUAUGUUACUAAUGUAACUUAAUGAAUUGUUUACAAUUUGAUCUGACAUGGAUCUACAGCUCAUGUUAAUAUAUUGAAAUUUUAAUAAGGUAGAGUCUAGGAAAUGAUUUCAUAUUUGAAGUACUUACUACUACAUAAGUUUAGCACGAGUUUACAAAGAUGUUGUUUCAGUUCAUGCUUGAGACUCCAUGUCACAGUUGCUUCGGUUUUUAUAUCCUGAUGAGCUAAGAGAAAACAAAAGAGUGUUUGUGUCCUGGGUCAUGUUUUCAGAAGGUUCGUGUUUCAGUAUCCAGGGUUGUUUUUAAAGAAUUGGAUAAAAGCCUAUAAUUUGAUGGUGCCAGAUUAAAUGCAGGGAAGCCAAUGUUGGGUGUUGACCCCUUCUGAAUGCCUAGAUACUGUACAUUUCUUAAAAAUGAAAUAUUAUUAGAGUGAAAUUUAUCUUUCAUUAUUACGAAAUUGACCUUUGUAGGACAGCUGCUUUUAUAUCAAGUGAAUGUCUUACAUGUAUGGGGAAUGAGUUUGCAUGUACAGUAUGUGUGUGACUUUGUGUGUGUACAUGAAUAUAUUUUUAAAUGCACAUUUACUUCUGUCUUUAUUUAUAGGUGUUUAUUGCAUAGGUUGUGUCACAAAAUAUAUAUUUUUGGCUCUGUUAGCCAAGAUUUCUCUAGCUUUGUUGUCUUAAACACUCUGAUCUUAGUCUUUUUUUUUCAUUAUUGAUCAGGUUUUUUGUGCUUUGAGCUACAAUGGACACAAAAUGGUAUUUGGAAAGCCAAUAUAACACACUGAUCCCUUUUGUUGCUGUUUAUAAGCUCACAAACCUGCCAAAGUAUGCAGCUGUCAUCUGUGUCAUGGUUCACAUUCACACACCAAAAUGCCACAGCAACUUAAAGGGGACCUAUUACGCUUCUCCUUAUUUUCAGUCAUAUAUAUUUAUAAUGUUGCAGUGUCGGAUGUUCAUAUUAAACGUAGCCAAAGUUUAAAAUAAUGAGGUAAAUGUAUGUAAAAGUAAUCCCUGUGAGCAAAAACCAUUCUUCAGACAUGUCUGUCAUGCUCUGUUUCUGUUUUUUUACCCCCUACGUUUUAGAAAAGCUGUGACAGAUUUCUUUGUAUGGUCAUCUGCUCCAGGCAUGUUACUGCAAGUGCUCACAUCACUUAGCCUACACUGCCACAUGUAGCUAUAUGCUAACAUCAGGGAAACAUGUAAUCUCGGUUGCAAAUGUUGAUAAUUUCUGAUUUCAGAUCAGAUUUCUCCUGGAACAUUUCCAGUUGUGAAAAAUUUGGUUUAAAAGCUUUUGUUGGUGAUUUUUCAUGGUAGAAAAUGUCAUCCACUACAGUCAGUCCCAUUGCUGUAAGUAUACUGCUAAAUGUCAGGGAAACAUGCAAUCUUGGUUGCGGAUAUUGUUUAUUUCUCCCAAUUUCAGAUUGUAUUCUUGCUGAAACAUGUCUGGUUGCGAAGAAUUUGGUUUAGAAGUUGUUAUUGGUGAUUUUUCAUGGUAGAAAGGGCCAUGGUGCUCUGUUAUAGUCUUUCCCAUGGCUCCAAGUACACUGCUACAUGUAGUUGUAUGCUAAUGUCAGGAAAACAUGUGAUUUUGGUCACCAAAGUUGUUCAUUUCUCCCUGAUAUGGCAUCAUAUUUCUGCUGGAACAUUUCCAGUUGUAAAAUUUUUGAUUUAAAAACUUUUGUUGUGGAUUUUUCAUGGUAGAAUGUGCAGCUAUACUCUGUUACAGUCUUCCCCAUGGCUGCAAGUACACUGCUAAAUGUAGCUACGUGUUGUCGUCAGGGAAACAUAAUCUUGGUUGCCAAUGUUGUUAAUUUCACCCCAAUUUCAGAUCAUAUUCCUGUUGGAACAUGUCUGGUUAUGAAGACUUUGACACUUUUGUUAUUGAAUUUUAACGACGCAGGCGCUUACACUGAGCAUCUCAGACAGGGUGAAUACAGAUGUUCCAGCAGAAAUUGUAUGAGGAAAAUAAAGUGUUUUUUAACCAUCAAAGCAUGUUGUUCUAGUACAAACCCAAAAUAAAUGUAAAUAAAUAAAUCAUCUAGGAAGCAAACAUUUAUCAAAACUUAAUAGCAUAUUAAUUCCUAAAGUUUAUUUUUGGUGGUAUCUCCGACUUUAGACAUACCAACAAAACAUUGUUUUGUUCAUUCCGUAGAAAUAGAGUGCCAAUAGUUUGAAUGUUUUAAGUGAUUUGUUUUGCUUUACAGUACUGAAUGCCUUUUUGUUGCUCUGAUGUCAUGAUAAUUUAGUCACAUUUAUAAAGACAAAAUAAAUGUCACAGUUUUUAACUUAGCUUUUUGUCACAGCAGAGAAACAAGUAUUAUGUAUUACGUGUUUCUCUAAGGGUUUGGAAAGUUCUCCUAUUUUUUUACGCAAAAAAAAAAAACAAUGUAUAAAGCAAUUAUUGAAAUCUGAUUAUCUGAAAAAUGCAGACACAAAGCUGAAAUUGGGGCUUUUUUCCGCCUACCUUUUUAAGGUUACAGUUGUCUGUCCGUCCAUCCAUUCGUCUGCCUAAUUCUUGUGAACACGAUAUCUCAAGAACACCUUGAGAGAAUUUUUUAGAAUCUGGCACAACUGUUUCUUGUACUCAGGGAUGAACUGAUUAGAUUUUGGUGGUCAGAGGUCAAAGGUCAGGAUCACUGUGACCUUGUCCGUCUAAUUGUCAUGAAUACUAUAUCUCAAGAAUGCCUUGAGAGAAUUUCUUUUUCGAAUUUGGCACAAAUGUCAAGUUGGACUCAACAAUGACCUGAUCGAAUUUGGUGGUCAUAGAUCAAAGGUCAAGGUCACUAUGACCUUAUCGAUCUCAUUCUCUUGAAUGCAAUAUCUCAAGAAUGCCUUGAGAGAAUUUCUUUUUCGAAUUUGGCACAAAUGUCCAUUUGGGCUCAACAGUGAACUAAUCGAAUUUGGUGGUCAUAGGUCACAGGUCACACACAAAAUAUGUUUUUGGCCAAAACUUAAGAAUUCAUACACUAAUUAUGAUAAGAUUUUCACACAAAUGUCUGACAGGAUAAAAUUAUGAAUUGAUGACAUUAUAUGUCCAAAAGGUCAACUUCACUGUGACAUCAUAAUGUGUCCACCUAGAAACUGUGCUGACUUCAUAGAUCUUCUGUGCUGCCGGGGGGAAGAUGCGUGUCAAGCAUCCAUGUUUUCACAGACAUGGAUGGAAACUGUAACUGCAACUUGACCGGUGCACGGAGGCAUACAACCACAUGGUGGUAAUUCUAUUUUUUUUGUUGUUGUUUUUGUUUUUGUAGAUACACAGAUUUAAAGACAUUUUUAAAAGCCAUAUAUGUGAACAGUGUUAAACUUCUACUUACAUGUGAAAUGUGACAAUCAUUGAUGUUGAGCCUGUAUACUGUGAAAUUGAGUGCCUUUUUAUUUGGUGAUGGAGUUUCUGGGAGCGUGCAAUGACUAUUAAAGUGCUUGUCUUUCAAAAAAAAAAAAAAAACACCUUGUGGAUGCUUUGAUUCAGAUUGAGUAUUUCAGUGAUGUGUUUCAGGAAUGGGAAAAAUAGUGUUCCAUUAAAUAUAGAGACACAGACAUAAAAGGAUCCAACACUC